UCAGCAGCUGCUUUCCAGAAGACUCGCUUCCCUCACAGACUGAACUCUUCAUCAUCCUCAUGUCUGUGUACAGCUUCUACUUUAAGCGCUCUUCCUCACUCUGGACUUUAAUCCUGUGCUCGGCUUUGACCGUCUGGACUCCCGUUCAAGGUGAGGUUCUGGUGAUUGGUUCAAAUCUUCCAAUCAUCGCUGCUCCUGGUGAUGAUGUGAUCCUGCCGUGUCACCUGGAGCCCAUGUUUGAUGUUCGGGGUCUGACGGUGGAGUGGUCCCAACCCGACCUGAAGCCCGACCCGUCAGACCGGCUGAGACGAGUCGAGUACGUUCACCUGUACAGGGACAUGAGGGAGGUCCCCGACAUGAAGCUGGCAUCGUACUUCAGGAGGACGGAGCUGUUCAUGGACGACCUGAAACACGGGAACAUUUCACUGAAGAUCCUGAACGUGUCGGAGGAAGACAGCGGCAGAUACAGAUGUUUCAUCCCGAAGCUGCGGAGCAGAGUGAAGGCCGCCAUCGUUCAGCUCAUAGUUGAUCCAAACUUCACUAAAACCUCAACAACAGAGACGCCGCUGCAUCCCAGAAACCUCCAAACUCCAGAUCCUCAAGAUGUGACUCCAGGAAAUGCAGGUCUGUCCACAGCCUCUGUGGUCGUCAUUGUCGUCGCCUUCAUAUCAGUCGCUGCUUUUGUUGCAUAUUUUUCUCACCGCCUUCAUCUGAAACAAACUAAGCAUCCAGAGGAUGAGACACAAAAGCAACCACUACCAGUCUAGGUGCCUUGCUCAAAGUAGCGUUGGUGUAAAUGGAACUGAGGGAUUUCUCUUUCCUGGAUCUUCAGCCAGAUUGGGAUUCAAACCAGCAGCCACAGGGUUAAACUCCUCCCUGAUCCUCACUGUUGGACUGAAGUGGAUCCAGUACAGAUCACAGCAUUAAGGGAAGUUUCCAUCAGUGUGGAUGUUUCUGACUCAGCUCAUGAGGAAAGAUGGAAAUAAAAAGUCACCUGAAAACUGUGUUGGAGACACAGAAGAUCAGAAAAGCAGCAGCACCUUUGAAGGAGCACAAACAGGAUUCCUGGAGCUCACAAGGAGAAUCCUCUGUUUCAUGGACCUUACUGCAGGAAUACCGGCUUUGGAAACACAUUUGAUGAGCUCUGAUUGUUUGUUACUUCACAUGUUUUUUUCUCCCACCUUUAAUGUGUCAGAGAAACUGAGCUAUAAGCUGAUUACCGAGAGUCACUCAGAGGCUCCUACACUGUGUUCAAUAGUUUAAUGCACUUUGUCAAAUAUUUAUCAAAUAGUUUAAAUGAUUUAUCUUUUACAGGAACAACUAAUUUAUUGAGUUUAGUUUGAAGCUUCCUGCUGGUCAGGACUUCAUGUUCAGUCUGUUUAUAGUUAUUUAUUGAAAGCUGCUUGAUCCUGAAAAACUGGAAGUUUGUCUUUUAUUCUUUGGUUCAUGGUUAAAGUCAGACACACACUUUGGGCUGUGAGCUGCAGCUGUGAGCCCGCUCAGCCUCAUGCUCUUAUCUUGAUGCCUCACAUAUUUCAGCUGAACACAGUGGAAACAUUGUUGCAGGUGUGUGUAGAGUUGUGAUGUUGUAUGGAUGUGUUUCUGCCUGCUGUGAAGUUGUACUCUGAUUUGUGAAUGUGUGAAGUCAUUUGCAGAUAUGAAUGUAAACUGCUGAACAACAUUUAGUAGUUGUUUGUGUUGUUGUUGUUGUUUUCACUGAUUUCAGCUGCUGUCAAAUGCAACUCCUCACUGUAAAGUGUCCUUAGCUGACCUCAGUCUGAUGCGUCAUUCUGUGUUAUAUAUGUGUGUGUCUCUCGGUUAAUGUUCUGUGUUAUGAAGCUUCCAUCAGUCUCGUGUUUCUCACAGUUUGGUCAGAAACUGCACACGAGCAGCUGACUGGAGGUCAGUUUCAGGGCUCUGGGAGUGUUCGUCCUGUUCCUCCUCACAUUUGAGCUUUUUGGACCUCGUACUGAGAGUUUGAGUGAAAUCUACCAAAUACAAGUUCAACACUUGGAAUCAGCUCCACAUAUUUCAUCUGCUUAAUGUGAGCAGGCCUCACCUGCAGCAUCAUGUCUGUGUUUAAUGCAGUGAGAAUUAAGUAAAAAAUAAAAUGAGAAUAAUUCAA